UUGUAUGAUAUAUAUACAUAUUACCAUUACAAAUUGAACAAGUGGAAUACAGAUAAUAAACAGAGGAGUUACAUGCGAAUCGCGAAAUCGGAAAAAGUGCCAAUAUUUCAUGAUAUGUUUCGUGAGCCUCGCAAUUGAAUUUGUGAGAUAAUGCUUGGUGAGUGGCUUAUCGAAACAUACAUUUACUGAUAAUUUGUCAGUUUAUUAUGAUAAAUUUAAAGAGUGUAAUAUUUCUUAAUUAUUCUACUUAAUAUUAAAUGUUAGUUAUUGGGGAAGAUAUUUGUUUUUUAUAUUUCUAUUCUCUUUUUUUUUACAAUUAAAUCACUAUGCUUUAAAGAUGUAUAUCUGUAUCUAAGUGAGGAUAUUUGUUUACCAUCGAUAAUAAAUGAUAAACGAGCUAAAUCGUUCGGAAUCCCAAGCUGCUGAGGCUUUUUUAAACGCCUGCUACACAAAUGAGUAUACUUGGGCGCGGCACUGUAGACACGUUUUUCAGGCCUCAAGUAUACUUAGCGCUCCCUAUAAAAAGGGCUAAUAAUUCGUGGAUUACAACGCCCUUUACAUAAUCAGGAGGUUGUAAUUAGUUUCCGCGUUAAAUGAAAUUACUUUCUUAUAAUUGUAUGAAUUUUAACUAGUAAGUAAUCACGAACAAUGGGAUCUGGUAUUUCCCAAUAUAACUUUCUAAUGCUUUACGUAUUAAAAGAAUAAUACUUUUCAAUAAUAAAUAGUUUUAUUGAAAACAGUAUCUAAUAUGUAAAUCUAAAUUUCAACGAGAACUUAUACAUUAUAUGCUAAAAUAUUCUAACUGUACUUUACAUCAUGAGCAAUGAAAAUACUGUUUUCAAUGCAUGCUUAUUCUAGUCUCGAACACGCUAUAAUAUUUUACGAUACGUCAGUACGAGUAAGAGUGCAGCUACUGAAUGAAAAGAGGUUUCUUCCGCCAGGUAACGCGGCUAAUAAAGUAAUUUGCAGGAUCGUGACGCUAUUCUUUGGGGAACCAUCACACCCUCGGAACUUUCUUCACGCACGUGUAUUACCGUUUAAUUGUUCCCCACAUCCCUGUUGUGCAUAUUACAUCUCCUCUCCUUUAUUCACUUUAUAUUAAAUUAAUAACCACGCAAUCAUAAUAAAACUCAAUUAAUCACAGAACUUUCAACUCAUUAUAUUUCUUCCUGCAACUGUAUAAAUAGAAGAAAACGUUAAAAUUAUCCAUCGAUCUUCUAAUGCUUUCUUCCAUAUAUUUUCUGUUAAUAUUUCUUAUUUCUCUAGAAGGUAAACAAAUAAAGUACUGAAAGCAUCGAACUUGAACAACGUACGCACACACGCAAAGAAUCGAAUUUCUCGGCAGCACGAAGUGAUAAGGGGUAGCUCGACGAUGCCGAAAGUUGGUCCAGGGAGGAGGAUACGAAGGAUAGUAUUCCUGGCCGGCAGAGAACGGCGAGUAUUGAUUAAGGGGUUCGUAGGGAGGUAUCCUCGUAGUCGAGGGGAUUUGCUCUGUGAAUGCGCGCGGGGUUAAAUGGAGGGGGUAGUCAUGGGGUUGAAGAACACCGACACGAGCCGACGGGGGUGUUUGGCCGAUGUACUUGUUCGGGGGAUUGCAUCCAAUGGGUGCGUGUAAAACGCAUGCGCGUCGUAACUCCGCUUUCGUACGCAUGCACAUUUCUGCGUGUAUUUACAGUGCACGGUUGCCGAGCCGGUACGCAUUGGCGGUUUGCACGUGGCAUUCCCGGUGAUUGACGGACAAAAGAAAGGGGGUUCGAGCUGCAAAAACUACGAAAGUAAAAAAGAGAAAAGGCAGUCAAAAGAAAGGUAGCUUGUCUCUCGGGCCGUAUAUAUAUAUAAUCUUUCGAGCAAGACGUAUACAUCUUCGUAGCGAGACUCGCGUGUGAACGAUCGCCUAUCUCUCUUCGACUCACAGUCCGAGAGUAACAAGAGUGAUCUCUGUCAAAGUCGCGUCUCGCGUGGCGUUUAGUGUACGCCGGUACAUACGUGAAAUACGCAAUAUAGUGGCCGUCAGUUCGGAGCGUGGUCGGUUGGUGAAACAGCGGGAGGUUCGUCCGUCUCGAUAACACCUCCUUCUCGCUCUCCUUUUUUUUCGCAUCCGUUCGUCUCGCUCUUUCGCCGUCGCUUCCCUCCCUCUUACUCUCACAGCGGCAACAGAACCGGCACUGGCACACCGAAGGGCUGCAGUUGCGAUCGGAUGAUCGACGAGUACGCGUCUGUUGUGCGCACUGUUGUGUGUUCGUCCGGAAUGUCAGGUGUCCUCUCGAUUCUUCGAGUCUCCUAUCCUCGGUGAAUUGGAGCGACAGCAGAGCUGAAGCUUUGAAUCAAACAACGAGUAUGAGCGAUGUUCACGAGGAUCCGUGAGGCUCGCGUAAUCGACAGACGUGCCGCAUUGCACGGCGUCGCCGGGACUCUUUAGCAGUCGAGAGGAACCGGUGAGAAAUCGGUGGUGCAUCCGAAGGAAACCUGCAGACACCAGACGGGCGAAAAGAAAAGGGAAAUAUUAAAUCUGGUCUGGUGGAGGACAAGAGGAAGUGGGGCCGGUGCGGGCCACCGGGACGCUUCUCGGUCCUUUCCGCCUCAGGAUGUCGUACGCCAAUCGAUUCCCGUCUUCGCAGCACACCCGUUAUCGUAGCAGCUGGGGACCCUCUUCAGUGACUGUGUUCAAUCGCGCCGACGUGCCCAGGCCCUCGCCGGAAGAGGAAGAGUACGCAGAGUUCUAUCACGAGCGUCUACACUCGGCACAAAGCAGACAGUUGCUGCCGCUGCAGGAGGACCUCGCCGAUUGGAUCAAUAAAACGUUGAACUCGGAAAUCGUAUCGGGAGACAACUUCUUCGACGCCUUGGACAAUGGCGUGGUGGUGUGUCGAUUGGCGAGGGUUAUCCAGGAAAAGGCGAGGACAGCGAUUGAUGCUGGAAAAGCGAAAGGGCCUAUGCCGGUGAUAAAGGGCCGCUGCUGGGAAAACGCAGCGCGUCGCAGUUUCUUUUCUCGGGACAACAUGGAGAACUUCAUACAGUUCUGCAGACGACUAGGCGUACACGAGAAUCUUCUGUUCGAGAGCGACGAUCUCGUCCUACACGGACAGCCACGGAACGUGGUGUUGUGUCUGUUGGAAGUGGCACGAUUGGCGUCAAGGUAUUCGGUCGAACCGCCGGGACUCGUGCAGCUCGAGAGGGAAAUCGCUGCCGAACAAGAGCGAGAUCUUCACUGUCUGUCCGAUAGUGGUAUAUCCCAUAGCAGCUUGGUUUCUUGGCAGUUUCAAUCACCGUCCCCGACCGCAACACCCAGACCUCCGACAGAGAAGAUCAAACACAGCAGUUCAGCAUCGGAAGUCGCGUUGACGGCGACGCGAUGGCUGGAUCCAACCACCGGUGUGACGCACGAGCCCGAAAUGAGAAGGUCGGUGAGCGACAAUGGGCCAACGGGUAGCGACGGAGUACCCAGCGAUACGACGGAGGACGAUUGGUCACGAGGAAGCGCGGAGGACCCGGACGAGCUUCCAUCGCCAUCGAGUUCACCUUUGCCCUCGCCAGCCGAGCCGCCGGAACACACGGGUCCCAUAACGGAACUCGAUCGUAAGGUGAGAAGAGCCACAGAGGCCGUGCAGAGACUCUGCCAGUGCCCAUCCGAAAGAUGCUCCAAACUGAAGGUGCGUAAAGUUGGCGAAGGACGGUACCAUAUCGCUGGACGAAAUGUCUUCAUCAGACUUUUGAAGGGAAGACACAUGAUGGUCAGAGUGGGCGGGGGCUGGGACACCUUGGAGCAUUUCUUGGCGAGGCACGAUCCCUGUCAGGUGAGGACCCUCAACCGCGAGAGCACGCCGCCUUCUCCUCACGGCAACAAGCACACCAACUUUCUUCCUAUUCGCGCCAAGUAUCGCAGUCCUCCACCGGAAUCCGUCUCGGCCCGUUAGCCUAAAAGCACAGUGCCUGUUUACAAGUCCACGCUACUUCACGUUCAUGCUGUUGUUGGUCCGUUUCGUACAAGUCAAGAGACAAUUCGAUAGGGUGGCUUCUUCUGAAAAAGGAUGAAACUUCUGUUCCGUCUUUUCAUUCGGAUCAGACUUUUAUUCGAUAGAAGCACGAGAAGUUACGAGAGUAUCACGCUGAUAGAUGAACGGCGGGAACGUUACAUACUUGAAUCUUUAUAAAAUACUCAAAGAUCAGUAACGUCCCCGAGAAACGACGUCUUCCUUCUUUCCAACCGCUGUCUAUGGCGCGUUGACGAUAUCGAGGGAUUGGAUAAUUCUAUCUCUGUGCUAUUCUCGUGAUCAAAUAUAGUAGAACUUGUAUUAAAUGCACCACUGUCUCUCAUAUACAUAUGCAUAUGUUAUACAGGGGAUGGCACUAUUUUUCUUACAUGUCAUGUAAUAUGGCUGGGGUGCACUAAUAUUACACGUAUAUCCUGACAAGCGUGUUAAUAUGCCAUCUUACUCUUGAGUAGACUCCCGCGAUAUUCGCUGAUUCUUACCAUUUUUACAUCCGUACGAAUUUUUGACGAAUAUAUUGUAUAGAUCUAUAAUAUACAUUCGCUCGUUAUUUUUGUACAUUCACAUCGAAUUAUACGUUGUGUUCAUGCUACAAUGUAUGUACUAUAUGUAUAUGUAUGUACGUAUAGAAAUGCGACUUGUAUUUAUUUGUACUUUCCUACAUGUUCGCGUAAGUUGUUCGUUUAGAAGAACAAGGACUUGCCUUUCGUAUAUAGGUAUCAACGAUUCCAUCGGUUUCGAUUUACGACCCGUAAACGGUUAAGUGUCACACAUUCCACAGAUGACAGGCAUAUUAACGCUUGAUUUGGAAAUUGUCUAACAGAAAUAGACGGGAGGGCAAUGCACCUGGUAGAGGUAGUCGUAAGACCGCAAUGACCAAAGUUCGUAAUGGUGUACGUAUGUUGAAACGACCACGGGCAAUAAAGGCUUAUCGGAAUGUCGUUUACAUCGAAGAUAACGACCAACACAGUGUAUCUGCUGCGAACGAGCUGCCUCGGCUUCGAAGUUGACCCAUGCGUGUAAUUAGAAGAAAGUGCAAUUAAGGACUCAGGUAACAUUUUAAAUCGAGCUUGUCGGGCUAAAUAGAGCUACAGGAAAUUGAACUUACCGAUCGAACGACUCCGUCUUUUUGUAGAAAUGCAAGCUUUAAAGGUUAGGUAACCGGUUACAAGAGUGCGGGAUUAUUAUUCUGAAAAGGGGAUGAAGCAAUUAAUUAUUACUUAUUUAUACUUGGUCAUUGCUGCGGCCCGCACGGGCGAAUCUCGUAGUGCACUUAAAUAUUUCUCGCGGUAAGCAAUGUAAGGCACAUAGAUUGUAACAAAUAACAGGGUCGGUUACAUCGAUUAAUUCUAUUUGAAAUAUUAGAUCAUUUAUUGUUAGAUUAUUGUAUAACAGUGUUAAACGAUUGACACGAAUGAUUAUUAUUUUCAUGCUUCACGUUCAAAGGAUAUCUUUGAACCUUUCUUAUCAUUGAGAAGAAAAUCUAUCUUCUUAUAUCGUUCUUAGACACAUACAUGUGUAUCUACCGACACCGACCCUGACGAUAAUUCUUACACUUUGGCACAUAAUCGAUACGUACUAAAUUUGCUAACACGCAAAAUGCUUCACGAUAAUUGCCAUAAUAUAUGUUUUGUACUUUUAUAAUAAAUACAUAGGAUAAGGUGUAACAAAGGACGUAUCGUAGCGAAAUUACAAGGCGACAUGUGUUUAUUCGGUUCACAGAAAUGCAAGGACACAGUGUGCAAAGGAAUACCAAAGCAAAGAAAUAUACGACGAGCAAUGUCGGCACGUUGAGGCUAUUAACGUUGCCGUUCAAAGCUUUCCUUUUUGUUAGACUUUUUCCUUUCUAUCAUCUAAAUUGAUUUUGUAUCAUAGCGUUGUACGUUUCGUAAAUUAGUAUUCGACACAUAGUAUGUAAUCUAUUUCGUUUUAGAUAUUUCGCUCGUAUACGCAGAAUGUAUUUAUUUGUAAAUUAUAACGCAAUCAGUUCUAAACGUAGUGAUCGAAACAGAUUUAUUUCACGAGUAUGUUGAGUGUCAUUAUUGCUACGCGCGAAUGAAAUGAUUCCGCCAUAUUAUAUUAUUAUCGUAAACGCGUUACAGAAUAAGUAUGUCUAUAGUACGGUUAAGUUGUACGUACCUGCUUAAUUAAACGCAGAGUAUUCUAGAGUAUUUUUCGUUAAACGAAAUUUUAUAAUUGAGAAUGAUUUCACGCGUUUCGUUUAUGUUUGUUCUCGUGUAAAUUUAUCGUGUGCAAUGCUAUUUAUUCUAGCAUCAAAUGGAUUUUUGUCCUGCAGAUUUUUGUUAAGAACUGAAAUAUCGAAUUUAUGAGAUUUACGAAUCAGUUUAUAAGUAUUCCAUUGCACGAUGAACAUCGUGAUAUCAUUGCAAACAUAGUCUGUUUAUUUUCUCAUGAUUUGUAAUGUGAUAUGAUUGUGUUGCACAUCCUACUUUCAUUUUUUACUUAACGUUAGUAAUCAAAACAUGCUUCUAUAAAAGUAGCUCGUAAUCAGUUCGUGUAUUUCAUAUAACGUAUAAAAUAUGCCGCUAAUAACGUUAGUUUUAUUUAAGUACGAUACUAUUGUGUUAAUUGUUAUAUUUUGUUGAACAAUAAAAUAUUUAAUUAUAAAUCUCUUAGA